ACAUUUUUUUAGAAAUAAAUGCUAACCUAUAAUUAAAUUAGGCUUAUUAUUAUAGGCCUAAUAUUUUUAUUAUAGCCUAACAACCACAUUGACAAAAAAAAAAAAGAGACAGACUCAAAGUCUGAAUCUAGAUCUAGAUCUAGAUCUAGAUUCUAGAGUCUAGGAAACUUUAUGCAUGCUGACAGUAAAAAAAAAUCAAGCCAACAUCAAAAAAUGGAAACAUCACAGUUAUACCAUACAGCCCUAAGGAGCACAAAGUUUUGUUUAAAAUAUUUCUCCAGUGUGUCUUCAUGUAAGCAAAUUGCCUCAUACAAAAAACUGAACGCAAGAUUUUGUUCUGUUGCCAGUAAAGUUAGCACAUCUUCAAAAGUGCCAACAUAUCAGUUACAACAGACUAAUAGGCAUCAGCAUUUCCUAAGACAGGCAGUUUCUCUGUAUAAACCAGUGUCAUCAGCCUGGUGUAUUUUUAACCAGCCAUCAUGCUGCUAUUCCAGCAGUACAGCAGUUAAUUCAGCUAUUUUGAUGGAUAAAUCUGCUCUCCAGGUUAAGAGACCUGCUAGGAAAAAAGUCCCUACCUUGCCAGAAGAAGCAAAGACUGUACAAAUUGACAAUGUUGUAGCAUAUGCAGUAGCAGAAGAGAUUAGGCUCCCACAGUUACAGAGUUACCUCAUCAAGCAAGGUCUUUACACUCUAGGGAAACUUCCUGCAGAUGUUACUCAUGCACUUCAUGUGAGAGGAAAAUACAAUGUGGAUCACAAACCAAAGGAAAUUUUUGUUUUUGAGGAUGGUACUAUUGUAUUCUGGUGUGUCCCUGAAGUUGAACGGGGAGCAUUUUUAAAUAUUUUGGCUAAGUACUCUGAUGGACCUUACAUAUCUUCCUUGGUUUUGUUUGAAAGAGAAGAAAUGGAUUUUACUUAUGUCAGCGGGAAAACAUGUCUUACAAAUGACAUUAUACAAUUAAAAGACAACGAUCCAGGAAGUCCUGAGAGAUUGCUUGAACUCUAUUCAUUUUCCAACGCAUUGGCCCAGUCUGUUAAGCUUUCGAUAUGGGAGGGUUCUCUCAAUAAAUUUGUUACAUCUAUUGAGACCGUUACUGAGGAAUUAAGACACGGUAAAAAAAUAUCUAUGUCUCGCAAACAAAUCCAAAUGAAGAUCGGUGAAUUGUUUUCAUUGAGACAUUUAAUAAAUUUAAGUUCUGAACUGCUGGAUACACCAGAUUUUUACUGGGACAGGGAAGCUCUUGAACCAUUGUACUUAUCUUUAUAUCAUUACCUGAACAUUGCAAGGAGGAUCAGGGUGAUAAAUGAAAAAAUGAACCACUGUAGUGAGCUUACUGAGUUGGUUAACUCCCAGUUAAAUGACAGACAUCAUACAAGGCUGGAAGUUAUGAUUAUUGUUCUCAUUAUGGUAGAGGUUGUAUUCGAAUGUAUUCAUUAUGCCGAACGCUACUUUAAUAACAGAGAGAUACAAAAGUAAUACAUUUUUUGUGAUAUGUAAACAUAACUAUACUUUAGUUUGCUGUAAAAUUAAAGUUAAUGCUUUGAUAAUCUUUUUUUUUUUAAAUAUUUACAAAUUGUGACCAAAAAAAUAGUAUAUUUUAUUGUCAGACAACUGUGUUGUUUGCUUUUAAGUU